AUGGCCGAGAUUAUAAGUGAUACUGAAUCAGGAAAUUCACAAGAAAAUGUAGAAAAUAGUGAACCAUCAGUUUCAAAUAUAUCAAGAGAGACCAGUAACAGUAAUUUAACAGAAAGGAAAAUAGAUACUAUUGUAAUCAUUGCACGUGACAAAAGUUAUAAAGCUGCUAAAGAUAGUUCAACUUCUACAUUAAGAAACCAUAUUUCUUGUGAAUAUAAACAUUUGAAUCAAGAAGUAUCUACAUCUGGACCAUUGGACAAAUUUAUUAAAUCAAAAAAAAUAUUGGCAU